CUUUUACCACAGCGAAUGCCUGUGUAGUUCAAAAGUUAUGAAGUCAUUAAAAAUCAAAAUUCAGAUGUUACUAAAAUUAUUUCCAAUAAUAAUUGUGUUAGUGAUGUUUCUGAAGGGAUCUAAAAGUGAUACUAUAUAUUCGUUAGAAACAAGAUAUAUCGAUGUACCAGUGGAUCACUUUUCGGCAAUGGGAUCAUAUAAAACGUUUAAAUUGAGAUAUCUCUUAAACGGAAAGCACUAUAUCAAAGGAGGCCCUGUUUUCAUUUAUACAGGUGGUGAACGAGAUAUAACAAUUGCAGCACAAAAUACGGGAUUUUUGUUCGAUAUUGCGCCCAUCUUCAAAGCGAUGUUAGUUUUUGUCGAACAUCGUUAUUAUGGAAAGUCGCUGCCGUUUGGAAACGCAUCAUUCUCAACUACCGAAAAUUUAAGAUACCUAAGCACAACACAAGCUUUAGCAGAUUUUUCAUUUCUUAUUGAUGAUUUAAAAGGGAAAAUCUUCGAAAAUGUUACAUCUUCCAAGAUUGAACCCUUUAUUGCCUUCGGAGGAUACUACGCUGGAAUGUUGUCAGCCUGGUUAAGAAUGAAAUAUCCAUUUUCUGUUAGGGGAGCUCUUACUUCGUCUGCACCUAUUUUCUAUUUUCCCGGACUCACGACUUGCGAAGGAUAUUAUCAGAUAGUUACGGAUAUGUUUGAGAAGCAUGGGCAAGAGCAAUGUGUCAAAACAAUUAAGCUUGGAUGGGACAUUAUUAUAAAUCAAUGUAAAACUAAAUUAGGUAUGGAUUUAAUUUCUUCAACAUGGAAACUUUGCAAUAAAAUCAGAACACCAGAAGACGUGAAUGCAUUAUUAGAUUGGUUGGCAAAUAUCUAUGUUAAAUUGUCAAUGACAAACUAUCACUAUCCUUCGGACUACUACAAACCAGUCCCAGCCUAUCCAGUGAAGAUCUUUUGUGAAAAACUUACCACAACCUUUGCCAGUGACACAAAAGGACUUAUUCAAUCAUUCGCUAAUGCUUUGGAAGUUUAUACUAAUUAUACAGGCAAAACGAUUUGUAAUAAUAUUUAUCAUAAACAGGAAGAUUUCAAUGAAAUUGCAUGGCAGUAUCAAACUUGUACAGAGCUGAUAAUGCCCAAAUGUUCAACCGACAAUGAUAUGUUUAUAACAAAACAAUGGAAUUAUACACAGUUCGUACUUGAGUGUUACGAAACAUUUGGAGCUAAAUUAGGUCCAGAUUGGGCUCUACUGGCUUACGGUGGAAAAAAUUUGCAGUAUUAUUCGAAUAUACUCUUUAGUAAUAGCAUGUUAGAUCCAGGUUCAUGGGGUGGUGUUUACAUGAACAAGUCGAAUGAGACAGAUGAAUCGUUGAUGACUUAUGAAAUUAUCGAUGCUCCACAUCUUGUGGAUCUCAGAGGCUCUGAUACUGCUGAUAAUAAUUAUCUUGUGCAAGCAAGGAACGUGUAUGUUUCAACUUUGAAAAAGUGGCUGAAGUUAGAGUAGAAUAAAACAUUUUAAGAAUGGAACUAAAAGUGGACGGACAGAUUUAAAACAUAAUAAUUGUAUUCUCUAAUUUAAAAACUAAAAAAAUUAGAAAUUCAAAUAAAAAUUUAAUGACUAUUGCAAAGUAAAUUACAUAGUAUUUUAAUUUCGUUCCUAUGUACCUAUGUAGAGGAAAAGAAGGUAAUUUCCAGUAUCAUUUAUAAAAAAAAUGUAAAAAAUAAAUUCUAAAUCGAUAAGGGAUAAAAACAAAAUUAUUUAAGAACAAUAUGUAUUUCUACAACAAAUAUUUGGAUUUAACUAAAAAAUAAACAUUUUGACCUUAAAAUAUAACCUACAGGUAAUUUGGAAUAGGGUAUUCCAAAUUAGCUGCAUGAAAUUUACAAAAGCUAUAACCUAGGAAUACAUCUUCAAAAACCAAUUAAAAACUAAAAAAUGACAGUCUAAUAAUAAUAAAAAUAAUAUUUAUUGACCUUUGAAGAUAUAUCUGUUACGGG